AGUGCCCCUCCCCCUUCCCCUUCCCCUCAGUCCGGAGCCCAUCUGUUUCUGUGGCGGAGGGUCUGUCUGUCGGAGGGCAUUGUCGGGCGGGAGAUGGGUACGCGAGGCGGCGGAGGAAGAGGCAGCUGAGGGGAAAAGAGAGGGAGGAAAAGGGCGAUGUGCCCCGAAGAGGACGGGGGCUGCGGAGGAGCCUCGCCGGCACUGGACUCUGCCUCUUCGGCCGGCAACGGAGGCCCCGAAGGGACAACAUUGGCUGCGGGGCUCCUGAGCGAGCUGCGCUCCUGGUGGGAAGUGCCGGCCAUCGCUCACUUCUGCUCCCUCUUCAGGACCGCCUUCCGACUCCCCGACUUCGAGAUCGAGGAACUUGAAGCCGCUCUUUACAGUGAUGAUGUGGAGUUCAUCAGUGAUCUCAUUGCCUGUCUUCUUCAGGGUUGCUACCAACGCAGUGACAUUACAUCUCAGACAUUUCAUGGCUACCUUGAAGAUAUCAUCAACUAUCGCUGGGAACUGGAAGAAGGCAAGCCCAAUCCCCUGCGAGAAACUGCUUUCCAGGAACUUCCAUUACGCACCCGUGUGGAGAUACUGCAUCGCCUUUGUGAUUACCGGCUAGAUGCUGAUGAUGUGUUUGACCUACUCAAGGGUCUGGAUGCAGAUAGCCUCCGGGUGGAACCGCUGGGUGAGGAUAGCAAUGGUGCCCUCUACUGGUAUUUUUAUGGCACUCGAAUGUAUAAAGAGGAACCAGUGAAAUCAAAUGGAGAGCUGUCUUCAAACAGGGGAUGCGAGGCACAGAUUGACGCUCCAAUGAUUCCAGAAAAAGUAGUGAAAAGACGAGGCCGACCUCCAAAACGGAAAAAAUUACUGGAGGAGAAUUUCUUGAGGGAGAAGGCAGAAGAAAAUGUACCUGUGCAUGAUUCACAACUGAGAAAUGGUUCUAAAGGACCAGGUCAUGGAACAUGGUGGCUGCUGUGUCAAACAGAAGAAGAAUGGAGACAAGUCACAGAGAGCUUCAGAGAAAGAACAUCUUUAAGAGAGAGACAGCUCUACAAACUUCUGAGUGAAGACUUUCUGCCAGAGAUCUGCAACAUGAUUGCACAAAAAGAGAAACGACUUCAGCAAAUGGAGUAUUCUCCCAGAUGGAUGUCUGACCGGCAGCAUAUCAAACCAGUUCAACAAGAGGUGACCCCAAUGGUGUUUAGCAGAACAGAGAAGCAGAAACGGAAAGAAGAAGAGGAGGAGCGUCAGAUCCUUCUGGCAGUUCAGAAAAGGGAACAGGAACAAAUGUUGAAAGAAGAGAGGAGACGAGAAAUGGAAGAGAAGGUCAAAGCAGUAGAAGAACGAGCCAAAAGAAGGAAGCUCAGAGAAGAACGGGCAUGGUUGCUAGCCCAGGGAAAAGAGCUUCCUCCUGAACUUUCUCACUUGGAUCCCAGCUCACCCACUAGGGAUGAAAGGAAGACCAAAGACCUUUUUGAAUUGGAUGAUGAGUUCACUGCCAUGUACAAAGUUCUCGAUGUGGUGAAAGCCCACAAGGAUUCCUGGCCAUUCUUGGAGCCUGUUGAUGAAUCUUAUGCCCCAAAUUAUUACCAGAUAAUUAAGGCUCCCAUGGAUAUCUCUAGCAUGGAGAAGAAGCUAAAUGCAGGUCAAUACUACACUAAGGAAGAAUUUAUGGGUGACAUGAAGAUCAUGUUCAGGAACUGCCUUAAAUAUAACGGUGAAAACAGUGAAUACACUAAAAUGGCUUAUAACUUAGAAAGAUGCUUCCACCGGGCAAUGAUGAAGCAUUUCCCCGGAGAAGAUGGUGAUACAGAUGAUGAGUUCUGGAUUAGAGAAGAUGGGAAGCGUGAGAAAAGAAGCCGUCGGACUAUACGUUCUAGUACAGGAAAUGUAUGGACUCGAUCAAGGGACUCUGAAGGGUCCGGCAAGAAACAGCAGCAUAUACAAAAUGGAGGAAAACUUCCACCUCAUAAGGCAAAACAUAGAGUUUCUGCUUCUUCCUCUUCUCCUUUCUUGUCUGCAGAGGAUCCAAGUAGCAGCUCAAGUCUGCCCCCUGGAGAAGUGGCCUCUUCCAAUGGCCGAGGCUUCUUGCAUUCACACCACUAUGGUGGAAUGCCCAGUCGCAUAUCUCAUCCAGGACAGGUGAGGCCAGCAGUACCUGGGACAUUUAGUGUUCUGCAUGUAUCAAAUCCAACAAAACCAUAUGGAUCACCUCGAGUACCAGAACCACAUCCUGGUGACCCAGGUCAUCAGCACCAGCACUUUGCCAUACAGCCUGCAGUUGGACUGAAUGAUCCCAGAGGACAUCAGCUUACUGUUUCAGAGAAGCAAGUAUGUGCUGGGCCAAUGCACGUCUCCACAAUAGGACCACCUGGAUCCCUGCAGUUUGGCCGAAUGAAUGGUCCUCCCUCAGAGGCCAAUAUGUACUCACCUGCUCAGUUCCAGCAAGGAUUUAUUUCUCCAAGGCACAAUGGACCCCCUGUGAGACAACCAGAGACCUCAGAACCUCGCCCUAGCCAUAUGUAUAGACCUUAUAAAUAUUUUAACCACGCACAUCCUGCUGUGUGGAAUGGAAGCCAUGAUGCAGCAAACCAGAUGGCACUAGGCAUAGAUAAGAAAUCUCCAAUGGGUCCAUGCCCCCCUCUGCCACCUCAUGCUUUGAGCCACAUGAUGGAAUCGCGAGCAUUGAGACCACCUUUGCCAUCUAAUCAGUGGACUGAGCAAGCCAAUUUCCUACCUCAUGGAGCUCCACCCUCAGGAUAUAUUAGACAACCAGGAAAAAGCCCUGGUCAGCGAAUGCAACAGCAACUUCCACCUUCUUUAUUUGGGCCUGCACCUCAAAUGCAGAGAGGGGCUCAGGGUGGGGAUUCCAUGAUGGACAGUCCAGAAAUGAUUGCUAUGCAGCAGCUGUCCUCCCGGGUAUGCCCACCUGGUGUGCCUUAUCACCCUCGCCAGCCUCCUCCCCCACACUUACCAGGACCAUUUCCACAACUGGCCCAUGUGGCAACUACAAAUGUUCAAUCUCCAAAACCAAUUCUAGGGAAUGGAAAUUCUCAGGAUACCACUCAGACAGCAGAGCCAGAAGACAAUGGAGUGGAACCUCCACCAGGAAUUGAAAAGAAAACUCAAUGUAUUGGCCUUUCUGAAGGAACUUACCCCAAGCUGCUACCUCAUUCCAAGCCACAUUUGCAAAUGGAUUUUUCUAGGCAGAACUUGACACAGGAAGGGGAGGGGGAUGAUUCUGAAACUAAAAAUGAUCCAAAAGCAACACAGAGCAAGAGCAUGUGGCCGUCGGAAAGUAACUAUACAAACACAGUAGCCCAGGUGCGGGAUGUUGUAACAGCAACAGAGAGAGGACCUGUGCCUGAAAAUGGUGCUGUAGGCGAAGGGCCGUCCAGUGGUGCAGAAGGGAAAACAGUGGCUACAAAUAUAAUGGAGACUCCCCGUUGCACUAUGGGGAAAAACCAUUUGGAAACAACUGUGCCUUGUAUUGGACAGGGAACCAGUGUACCUGUUGGUAUAGAUGGAAAUCCAGUGGGAGGCACCUCUGGUCAGUUUGCCCCAUUCUAUAUGCCCAAUGUGGAGGAUCCAAAUUCACCCACACAGUACCACAUCAAUCCAGGAUUGCAGGGAUUCCGUCCUAUGGUGGGAGGGAAGUCCACUUCAGUGUCCCACUCACAACAUUUUUCUGCUCGGGGUCUUCAGCCCAAUAAUGGCAGCCAUGGUAUUUUUCCUCGUUACCGUCCCCACCAGGGAGUUCCAUACCCAUACCAGGCACAACCUCCUCCUUCUUAUCACCAUUACCAACAGCCUCCUUACUAUACUUGUCCCCAAGGUUACUCAGAAUGGCAAAGGCCAUUUCCACCCCAGUCAAGUCCUGUUGGACAGCCACAUGCACAGUCACCUCUGGCUAGGCCUCCUUUCUCAGACAGAAGGACCAUGGACAUGCAGGGUUGUGAAGUACUUAGUACAGCUGUGGCUUCCCCAAACCGAAUAGACACGACAGCCACCAAAGACAUUCCAAGCAGUGGGCAAGAGCUGCCAUCGGAGACUGAGAAACCAGAGGAGUCUCAAGAAAGGCCUGAGAGUCCUAAAGAAUUCCUUGAUUUGGACAACCAUAAUGCAGCCACCAAGAGACAGAGAUCAGUUGCAGCAGGAGAGUACUUGUAUGGUUCUCCCCCACCACCCAUAAACUCUUCAGGGCUUGGAUUUGGCCCAUCUGCUUUCCCACAUCAUGGUGUCAUGUUACAAACAGGGCCAUCUUAUGCAUCACGACAUCCAGCCAGUCACUUCCAGCCUAGGGCUUAUGGAUCAUCAGUGAAUACAUGCUUGUCAUCUCAUCCGCCCACAAGCCAUCCUAAUGGUCUUGUUCAUGAAGGAUCUUUGUAUCGUUGCCAAGAAGACAAUGUAGGCCACUUCCAGGCCUUAGUGAUGGAACAGACAGGACGUGGAGGAGGCCUGGGUGGACUCUCUACAGAUCUGUAUAGAACACCAGGAAUGCAUAUGCACCACCCACCAGUCCCAUUCCCAAAGGUGCCUGCACCAGCACGGGAAGAGCUGCCACCACAAAAACCACCAGUGUUGCCUCUAGAUCAAAGCUAGUCUAAGGAGGGAAGGAUUUGAUGAAGAUGAGAGCCACAUGUGACUGGAUAAGGGAUAAAUGGAACAUUCUUUCUACCAUCAUCUUCUUUCCCAGCAAGGUUUGACUUCCAAGGUCUGGUGGAAUACUGUACCUCGGUAGCUUUCUUUUAACAUGAAGCCUCUCUUGCUCUGAGCCACCUCUGCAAGCUGUCUCAGUGACACAGAAGGAGCAUCUCAGUUUGAUUACUUUUGUAUGACCAGAGACUUCAUUGAACAUUUAAAGAAACUCUGUUUGAGGGAAAUGAAACUUUCAUAAACUGCUAAAACUCAGGUAUAUUGUUCAGGGUGAAAAACAAGAGACUAUAGAAAGUACUUGUAUUAAUUUGUGUGUUUGGAAAGGAAUCCAGUUUACAGAUUUUUUUUAACCUAUUGCCUUUAAAAAGUCUUUCUGUUGUUGAAUGUAUUGUAUGUUAUUAGGGUGGGACUGGUUGGCCCAAAAUGUUGUGGGCAUAGCACUGGGAAUAUCAUAAACUGUUUACAAUCAUUUCACAUUGAAAUCUUUCAGGAGAGGGUGGAUGCAGGAAAUAGAUUUUGGUUGGCACCGCUCUCAGUAAUCUGGGGCUUAAGCACGAUCUAAUGAUAGAAGUUAGGAACUGCUCAGAAGAAUUCAGUGCUCCCCUCUCCUGCCUAUGGAUUAUAUGCACUGCCAGUUCCUGUCAUUAUAGGAACAAGAAAAUCAGGAAUUAGAAUUUCUAGAGAAUUGGAAAUUCCAUGUAAAUUCAUCAUUUUCUAAAUAAUUUAUGAUUGGGAAUAAUAUGACACUAAGCAUUAAAAGGGACAGGAAAUGCUAGAAUAUAGGCAGCUUUAUGACCACUGUAACAUUCAACUGAGGAAAAGAAAAGAUCUAUAAUGACUACUUUCAUCUCAAACUAAUUUGUUUUACGAUCCUAUAAGAACCAUUCAGAAAUUGAGAGCCUUCCUCUUCAUUUCAGCAGUUUGGUGUUAAAAGAUGGAGAGAUGAUUUAUAUAAAAAGGAACAACAUUUGAUUCUGUAUUCAAUCUCUGAAGCAUUUAAGUUGAGUGGGUAGACAAUGUAAACCAGAAUUUUCUCUGUGUUGCAAAUAUAAUAGAUGUUAGAGACUUCGGAAGCAAAUAUUUUGUCUAAAUGGGAAAUAUGUCAAAUAGUGUAAACUGUCAGAUGAGCUUUUAAGAAUGGGGAAUAUUGCUGAUGUGUUGGCAGACUUAUGUGAAAAUAUCAGAAGAGGAGACAAGGGGAUAUUACAGAUCUGUAUAACAGUACAUAAUGCAUUCAUCUGUAAAAUCUGUGGCAUUGCUGUCACUUGCCAAUUCUAGCAUACAGGAGCUUAAUAGGCAUGAAAACAAUCUAAAACAAUCAUAAGAAAGGUAUUCAUUGCCACCUAGUAUGAAAUAAUCUGAUGCUCUGAUUUGUCUUGAGUGAAUCUCUGGCCCAAAUUUUAAUGCAAAUUCAGAAAGAGCACAAAUAUGAUGGCUGCUAUAAAUUUGAAUCCUUUUUUAUUUGGAUUAUGGCUUUAUUGAGAAACAAGACUUAAAAGAAGAGUUUCCCUUUUCUCUCACUCUUUUCUUAGUGUUCCCCUUUUCCAUUUCAGAGCAUGAAAAAAAAUUGACUGCAGUGAUCUGUUGAGAUUCACUUGUAGUUACAGGAAUGGGUGCUUUCAUCAGCUAAAGCAUGUUGAUAGCAAUUUGCUCCCAGUCUCACCACUGGCACAAUUUCAAGGCCAAGUUACAGACAGAUUCAAAGCUACAUUGCUAGUGGCCAAUCUUGUUAAGUUCAGAUAAGUAGGACAGGUCAGUAGCCCAAUGUAAUUUGAGUUUAUGCAUAUAAAUAUAAAUGUUCUUUGUUUUAAAUAAUGUUUCUCUGUUUUGGAGGGGUGAGGAGGUUGGCUAUCUUGAAGAUGUUCUGCCUCCUCUGGGAAAGAAGGCAAGGCUUCAACCAGACAGCAAUGAUGAUGAUUAAUUUUUAUUCAUCGCUUUCUAUGGAUUGAGAUGGAAAACAACAAAAACUUACAACACAGUAUCAGUGAAAAACACAUAAACCCAUUAAGAAUAUAAAACAUCAGUUAAAGAACAGUAUCAACAACCAAUCCAUACUUUAACAUUCAUAAUUUUCUUAUUCUUAACUUUGAUAAUGUAACAGACAGCUAUUUCCUAGUUUUCUAGUUAGUGACUGAGUACUCUGUGAGCCCUUUUAUGACUCAGCAAUAGAUUGCUUGAUAGUGGUUUCCAAAGCUUUUGUAUAUCAUAAUGAGGAAACUGUUUCAAACAGUAGCCUUCCACAUCUAACCAUCUGUGUCUGUUUAGCGUACAGAUGGGAUGUAUCACAUUCCAAAUGUGAAACAACAAAAUCAAACCUUGUCACAUAAAGACUUAUCCAUACUUUUCUCUCAGCUAUGAAGGUGGGAGAAUACAUCCCUUAUCUGAAAAUAUAUUCACUCUUUAAGGCACUUUUGCAAUUUCUGACAUAAAGAGAACACAUUGCUGAGCCAUACUAAUCUUGGAAACGCUACUUGACCAGCCCCAAAGAUUUGGUUACUUUCAGUCAAUAAUACUACAAAUUCUGAGGUAAAAACAGUAGCAUUUG